CGGCCGCACUUCCCGCCGGACUCUCCCGACACCCAGUGACCAUGGCGCGGCUCCUCCUGGCCGUGGUGAUCCCCGCCGUUCUGCUGGCCGCCGUGCAGGCGCAGCAGCAGGAGCAGACCGCCGUGGACGUGGCGCGCCAGGUGUACGCCGAGUGCCUGCAGCGGGGCUCGGUGGCCUGCGUGCGGCCGCGGGUGCUCGCCUUCCUCGCCGAGGCCAAGCAGCGCGCCGACAAGGCCAUCCGGAUCACCCGCGACCUCUCCGUCAUCCCGUGCGCCGACGGCAACUCGCUCGACGCCGACAACCAGGACGGUCUCCUGGAGGAGGCGCCCUCCUCUCUGCGCGGCGACGCCCUCCGCCAGAUGGUCCUGGAGCGCCUGGACGCCGUGGAGCGGUUCCUGCAGAGUCACGAGGUGCGCGUCGCCGUCCCCAGGGAGCUGGCCGAGGCCGUUCCCAGCGUCGUCAAGAACGCUCUGCCCGACGAGCUGCGUUUGCCCCUGGACCCCGAACGCGAGGACGGAGCGCGCCACCGAAGAAAGCGUGGCUUCCUGAAAAAGGUGGUGCUUCCGUUCAUCCUUGGACUCAAGUUCAAGUCCACGGUGCUCAUCCCCAUGGCGCUGUCCCUCAUCGCGCUCAAGACCUGGAAGGCCCUCACCCUCGGGCUCCUGUCCCUCGUGCUGUCCGCGGCCAUGGUCAUCUUCCGCUUCACCAAGCCCAAGGUGGUUAACUACGACGUGUACCACUACCCGCAGUCCCACGGCCACUACGAUCACCACAUCGACCACCACGCCGCCGACCACGCCCACUACGACCACUACGACCACCACAGUUACGCGGCGGCUAGAUCGGCCGACGACAUGGCCUACAGCGCACACCAGCAACAAUAGACAAAAGUGAUCGACACUCAGAGACUUUACAGGGGAGAUCAUCAACUACGACGUGUACCACGUGGACCACGUGCAGGAGCGCGACGGCCGGGACCUGGCCUACCGAGGACGCCGCCGAUGAGGACGCGACACUGUCCAGGCGCUGUCUGCGGAGUCUGUGGAGCCUGAGGAGCGUCGCCCACCCCGGCGCCGCUCGCCCCGAGCACCGAGAGAACCAAAGAGAUGGCGGCCGUGGGCGUGCACCCGCGCCGCCGAGGCCGCGCACCGCAGCCGCCACCCGGCCCCCCGCCGCCGCACUCGCCCAGCCCAGCCCUCCUCACCGUCCUUGGCUCGAGUGCUGCUAAUUAAUUUAUUGCCCCUUAUUUAUUUGAAAGCCCUUCUAGUCCCCUCCUGCCCCCCAGCGGCCCCCGCCCAGCAGCAGCGGCCCGUCGUGUCGUUAACCCACUGCGAGCGCCUUCACAGGCUGUGCUAUUAUUUAUUUUUGUAAAAAAAGAGAGAGAGAAAUGAGAACGCGCUGAAUAAACUGGGGUGCAGAGUA